AGAAAACCUUGUCAACUUCCGUACAUAAAUAGUUUGUUAUGCCAUAUUCCUUGUACAUUUAUUUGAGUUAAAAGUUGAAAUUCGAUAGCUCUGAAUGUUUUGGUCUAGUUACAACCGUCUAUAUCCGGACAAUUCGGGAGCGAGCGGCAGUUUUAGCAGCCAAAUGACUGACGACUUCGGAGGAUACGUGGUGGUGGACUACUCCGACUCGGCAUCGAGCUCCGCCGGUGGAGGCGGCGGCGGGCAUGGCGGGGGGAGCGGGGGUGGCCGAGGAAGGGAUGAAGAGCUUCUCCGAGAUGCAUAUGACUUUGCAUUGAAAGCUACGGAACAGGAUAGCUUGGGCGAAUACAGAACUGCUAUAUUUUAUUAUGUGGAGGCUAUACAAGCAAUGUAUAAUGCUCACCUUGCUAACCCAACUAAGAAUCUAUCAGAAAAAUAUGCAGAGUAUGCUGACAGAGUGAAGGCACUGAAAGAUAUAGUCAACAAGACGGCAGGUGGCAGUCAUGUCGGUGCCGCCAGUGUUCAACCUACAUGUAGAGUCAGCGAGGAAGCAGAGAGAGCUAGCUUUUUGAUUUAUCAGGCUUUUCAGUUAGAAGAAGAAGGAGGAGAUGAGGAGGCAGCAGAACUCUAUCUAAACGCUGCAGAGCUCUGCAUCAAAGCUAGUAAAACAAGUAGUCCAGAACAGAAGACCAAGCUAAAUAGACUAGCCAAGCAGGCCCUUGACAGAGCAGAGGCGUUGAAGAAGAAAUCCGUCACCAGCAGUCUACCAUCCCCUCCAAGGGACAAGCUUUCCACCAAGAACCAGAAUCUACCAAACGAUAAUCCCGUUCUAAACCUCCCAGAAAUACCCAAUGACCUUCCCAGUCUAGACAAUGAGACACCCUCCUCUGCUACUGGUAAAAACACCCCUAAGGAGAAUGGAAGAGGCAGGAGUACUAGUGGAUCUGCGGGCAGUUCCACUACAUCCGGUAGGGGUGGUGGUGGUGGUGGCAGUGGAGGUAGCAGUGGAGGAGGAGGUGGUGGUGGUAAAUACACUCCAGAGGAAAUCGCUGUUCUCAGAAAAACCUCUGAAAUCAAUGGACGGUCGUAUCUGCCAUUUAUAUCUCAAGCAGACCUCAAGGAGAGAUUUGCCUACCCUGUGCCUUUCACGGAUAAAGACGGCAAGCUUGUCUUGUGCACUAAACAGAAGGAUAGGUUAGGGAAGUGGGUUCGUCCAUCUGAUAUUUGCAGUGAUCCUAAACUAAUCUACGCCGUAUCAAGCUUCAGUGUCAGACAGACAAUUGUUCAGGACUGUUCAUUCCUUGCAUCAUUAGCAAUAUCAGCCAAUUAUGAACGAAGGUUCAAGAAACAUCUACUUACAAACAUUAUAUACCCCCAAGACCGUAGUCACAAACCAAUCUACAAUCCAUGUGGGAAGUAUAUGGCUAUUCUGUGGAUCAAUGGUGUCAAGAGAAAGGUGAUCAUUGAUGACUAUCUUCCUGUGGACAAGCAUGGCGACCUCUUGUGUUCAUUCUCUUCCAACCGCAAUGAAUUCUGGGUAUCGCUGCUGGAGAAGGCAUACAUGAAGGUCAUGGGAGGAUAUGAUUUCCCAGGCUCUAACUCUAACAUUGACCUUCACGCCCUGACUGGUUGGAUCCCUGAGAGAGUGGCCAUUAGGAUGAAUUCUCCUGACUUUGAUGCUGACAAGGUCUUCAAGAAGCUCUAUGAGCGCUUCCACAGAGGGGACGUUCUCGCAACGGUUGCAACAGGGAUGUUACCUGAGGCAGAGGCCGACCGGGCAGGACUUGUCCCUACCCAUGCAUACGCCAUGCUAGACAUUAGAGAGAUACAGGGAAAGAAGCUUCUUCAACUCAAGAAUCCAUGGAGUCAUCUUAGAUGGAAAGGAAGAUUCUCAGAAGCAGACACAAAGAACUGGACUCCUGAACUUCAGAAAGCUCUCAAUUUUGACCCUAAGAAUGCACAGGAGUUUGAUAAUGGUGUAUUUUGGAUUGAUCUUGCCUCAUUAUGCAACUUCUUUGAUGUGAUUUAUAUGAACUGGAAUCCCUCCCUCUUUCCACAUACCUAUAUAAUGCAUGGUAUGUGGUCAGCAGCAGAAGGCCCUAAGAAGGACAACAUCAACAUUGGUAACAAUCCACAAUAUCGCUUAGAGGUCAAAGGUCUUGGUGCUAUGUGGAUUCUUCUCACAAGGCAUAUUACAGAUAAAGAUGACUUUGCAGACAAUAAAGAGUUCAUUACUCUUCUGGUCUACAAAGGAGGAAAGAAGGUCUACUACCCAAAUGAUCCAGGACCAUUCAUGGAUGGAACCCGAAUCAACAGCCCUCAUUAUCUGUGCAAGAUGAUAGUGAAUGAUAAGAGUUCAUCAAUCUAUACCAUCAUAGUCUCACAGUUUGAAAAGAAUAAUACCAUUCACUAUACACUUAAAGUAAGUAAGAUGAUGGUGAAUGAGAAGAGUUCAUCGAUCUAUGCCAUCAUAGUCUCACAGUUUGAGAAGAAUAAUACCAUUCACUAUACACUUAAAGUAAGUAAGAUGAUGGUGAAUGAGAAGAGUUCAUCGAUCUAUGCCAUCAUAGUCUCACAGUUUGAGAAGAAUAAUACCAUUCACUAUACACUUAAAGUAAGUAAGAUGAUGGUGAAUGAGAAGAGUUCAUCGAUCUAUGCCAUCAUAGUCUCACAGUUUGAGAAGAAUAAUACCAUUCACUAUACACUUAAAGUAAGUAAGAUGAUAGCAAAUGAGAAGAGUUCAUCGAUCUAUACCAUCAUAGUCUCACAGUUUGAGAAGAAUAAUACCAUUCACUAUACACUUAGAGCGUAUGGAACAUGUGAAUUCAAGCUAUCAAAGAUCGUGGAUCCUUACAAGUACACUAAGAACAUUACUGGUGAAUGGAAGGGCAAGACGGCAGGAGGAUGUGCUAAUAACAGAGAAACAUACGUCAACAAUCCAAUCUAUCAAGUAUGCCUUCAAGAUCAUACCAGAGGAAACUCAUUGCUUAUAGACCUGAAAGGACCAAAGAAUUACCAUGUAGGGUUUGAAGUUAUAUGUGUCUCGUCAGAAGGGAAAGGCAGCACACGAUUUGAGAAGAAGAUGAGUGGAGACUACCGGAAUGGAUUCACAAUACUGGAGUUAGAAGACAUUCCUAGUGGUGUCUACAACAUUCGACCUACGACCUUUAGCCCUGGUCAGGAGUCACCUUUCUUCCUUACGAUAUCAUCGUCCUGUCCAAUGAAAGUUGUUCAUCUCCACUAAGACCUGGGAUAGAACCAUGAUUAAUAAUAGUGACAUUGUGAGAGAAAUAGGUUUUUAUGACCUAUGAACUUAAGCACGGGUCAGGAACAACAUUUUUCCUUAUGAUAUCAUCAUCCUGUCCAAUGAAAGUUGUUCAUCUGCAAUGAGAACAAAGAUAAAUCUUGAUGGAUAUUAGCGACAUUGUGAUAGAAAUAGGAUUAUUUGACCUUUGACCUUCAGCCUGGAUUCUGGAAUGAUGUUUCAGGUCGGACCUGGAUGUAAAUAGUCAUAUUUGAUUGAUACACAUGUGUCAAACCUUUAUUAUACACACAUAUUGUCUCUAAAUCUAAUAUUAUGAGGAUUCACCUGAUGAGAGUUAGCUAAGUAAUUCCCCUGGGGCCAGUCAAAUAUAUCGCUGUAGUACACGCGUGACCCCAAAAAUGCGGUUAAAAGGGUGUCUUUUCAAUUUUGGCCGCAGGCCGCGCGUGCACUCAUUAAGGGUAUCAAAAAUGCCGAUUUAAAAAGGAGUAGUUUUAAAAGACUGGUCAAUGGUUAAUCGCAGGGUCAAACGUAU